AUGAAUGAAAGUGUUGUAGAUAGAAGUAAUAGCAUCUGUAAGAAUGUUGAGGAAGUUCCGUUAGAGGAAGAAACUAUUUCAAGUCUAUAUAAUCAGUGUGGUAAUGAAGUUUGCAAGGAAAAUGUUGGUUCUGAUAGUAAUCUUGAUGUGUUUGGAUCAAGUAAAUUAAUGAAAGAAGAACCUAUCCCUGUUAAGCACUUAAGUGAUGAUACCUGUACUAGUGUACAUGUCAACAAUUCUGAUGGUCAUAGUAAAGAUGUUGUAGAAGUGUUCAGUGUUGGAGAUGAUAGCAUAUGUAGUAAUAUUGAUAGUGAAAGUGUUGGAAGUAAUGAUGAAUGUGAGGAAGAAUUAGAUGACAUGGUGUAUUUGGAGGUUAAAGAAGAUUUAAUUAGUAGUGAAGAAGAUGAUAUCAGUAGUAUUUGUGAAGAAUAUGAAGAUCAGAUUGUGCCAAUGAAAACUGGGAAGGUAUCAUCAGAUAAGGAACAUGCAGAGAGCCAUCAUAAUGUAGAUGAGAUGCUAGAAAUGUUAUGGGAUACUUACAAGGAUUAUAGUGACAGUGACAGAAUAAAAAGGGUCAUCAAGAUUAUUUGUGAAGAAUUGCAUUCCAACUGGCAAGGUAGAACCAAUCAACAGGCUUACACUGGGAUCAGUUCCGGGAAAAACAGACAGUGUGUUAAGGACAGACGUGACAUCAAGCAAUCAUCUGAUAUAGCAUUAAGUAAAAUUCAGACAAAUGAGAAGAUCGACAUUAACAAGGAAGACAAUGAAGAAGACUGCAGUGAAGACAAGUAUGCUGAAUUAGUGGCCACCAAACUAAAAGAAGCUGGUAAUUUAAAUGAAGAACAGACAGAUCAACUAGGCAGUUUGUUGUGGGAAUACAAAGAUGUGUUUAGUGAGAAACCUGGGAAAGAGGAGCAGGCCGAGACGCAGAGCGAGGCCGAGGCCGAGACGCAGAGCGAGGCCGAGGCCGAGACGCAGAGCGAGGCCGAGGCCGAGACGCAGAGCGAGGCCGAGGCCGAGACGCAGAGCGAGGCCGAGGCCGAGACGCAGAGCGAGGCCGAGGCCGAGACGCAGAGCGAGGCCGAGGCCGAGACGCAGAGCGAGGCCGAGGCGGAGACGCAGAGCGAGGCCGAGGCGGAGACGCAGAGCGAGGCCGAGGCGGAGACGCAGAGCGAGGCGGAGACGCAGAGCGAGGCCGAGGCGGAGACGCAGAGCGAGGCCGAGGCGGAGACGCAGAGCGAGGCCGAGGCGGAGACGCAGAGCGAGGCCGAGGCGGAGACGCAGAGCGAGGCCGAGGCGGAGACGCAGAGCGAGGCCGAGGCGGAGACGCAGAGCGAGGCCGAGGCGGAGACGCAGAGCGAGGCCGAGGCGGAGACGCAGAGCGAGGCGGAGACGCAGAGCGAGGCGGAGACGCAGAGCGAGGCGGAGACGCAGAGCGAGGCGGAGACGCAGAGCGAGGCGGAGACGCAGAGCGAGGCGGAGACGCAGAGCGAGGCGGAGACGCAGAGCGAGGCGGAGACGCAGAGCGAGGCGGAGACGCAGAGCGAGGCGGAGACGCAGAGCGAGGCGGAGACGCAGAGCGAGGCGGAGACGCAGAGCGAGGCGGAGACGCAGAGCGAGGCGGAGACGCAGAGCGAGGCGGAGACGCAGAGCGAGGCGGAGACGCAGAGCGAGGCGGAGACGCAGAGCGAGGCGGAGACGCAGAGCGAGGCGGAGACGCAGAGCGAGGCGGAGACGCAGAGCGAGGCGGAGACGCAGAGCGAGGCGGAGACGCAGAGCGAGGCGGAGACGCAGAGCGAGGCGGAGACGCAGAGCGAGGCGGAGACGCAGAGCGAGGCGGAGACGCAGAGCGAGGCGGAGACGCAGAGCGAGGCGGAGACGCAGAGCGAGGCGGAGACGCAGAGCGAGGCGGAGACGCAGAGCGAGGCGGAGACGCAGAGCGAGGCGGAGACGCAGAGCGAGGCGGAGACGCAGAGCGAGGCGGAGACGCAGAGCGAGGCGGAGACGCAGAGCGAGGCGGAGACGCAGAGCGAGGCGGAGACGCAGAGCGAGGCGGAGACGCAGAGCGAGGCGGAGACGCAGAGCGAGGCGGAGACGCAGAGCGAGGCGGAGACGCAGAGCGAGGCGGAGACGCAGAGCUUGGACCGCGAGCCCCCUGGGGGGGAGAGGCAGAGCGAGACGGGGGAGCAGAGCGAGACGGGGGAGCAGAGCGAGACGGGGGAGCAGAGCGAGACGGGGGAGCAGAGCGAGACGGGGGAGCAGAGCGAGACGGGGGAGCAGAGCGAGACGGGGGAGCAGAGCGAGACGGGGGAGCAGAGCGAGACGGGGGAGCAGAGCGAGACGGGGGAGCAGAGCGAGACGGGGGAGCAGAGCGAGACGGGGGAGCAGAGCGAGACGGGGGAGCAGAGCGAGACGGGGGAGCAGAGCGAGACGGGGGAGCAGAGCGAGACGGGGGAGCAGAGCGAGACGGGGGAGCAGAGCGAGACGGGGGAGCAGAGCGAGACGGGGGAGCAGAGCGAGACGGGGGAGCAGAGCGAGACGGGGGAGCAGAGCGAGACGGGGGAGCAGAGCGAGACGGGGGAGCAGAGCGAGACGGGGGAGCAGAGCGAGACGGGGGAGCAGAGCGAGACGGGGGAGCAGAGCGAGACGGGGGAGCAGAGCGAGACGGGGGAGCAGAGCGAGACGGGGGAGCAGAGCGAGACGGGGGAGCAGAGCGAGACGGGGGAGCAGAGCGAGACGGGGGAGCAGAGCGAGACGGGGGAGCAGAGCGAGACGGGGGAGCAGAGCGAGACGGGGGAGCAGAGCGAGACGGGGGAGCAGAGCGAGACGGGGGAGCAGAGCGAGACGGGGGAGCAGAGCGAGACGGGGGAGCAGAGCGAGACGGGGGAGCAGAGCGAGACGGGGGAGCAGAGCGAGACGGGGGAGCAGAGCGAGACGGGGGAGCAGAGCGAGACGGGGGAGCAGAGCGAGACGGGGGAGCAGAGCGAGACGGGGGAGCAGAGCGAGACGGGGGAGCAGAGCGAGACGGGGGAGCAGAGCGAGACGGGGGAGCAGAGCGAGACGGGGGAGCAGAGCGAGACGGGGGAGCAGAGCGAGACGGGGGAGCAGAGCGAGACGGGGGAGCAGAGCGAGACGGAGGAGCAGAGCGAGACGGAGGAGCAGAGCGAGACGGAGGAGCAGAGCGAGACGGAGGAGCAGAGCGAGACGGAGGAGCAGAGCGAGACGGAGGAGCAGAGCGAGACGGAGGAGCAGAGCGAGACGGAGGAGCAGAGCGAGACGGAGGAGCAGAGCGAGACGGAGGAGCAGAGCGAGACGGAGGAGCAGAGCGAGACGGAGGAGCAGAGCGAGACGGAGGAGCAGAGCGAGACGGAGGAGCAGAGCGAGACGGAGGAGCAGAGCGAGACGGAGGAGCAGAGCGAGACGGAGGAGCAGAGCGAGACGGAGGAGCAGAGCGAGACGGAGGAGCAGAGCGAGACGGAGGAGCAGAGCGAGACGGAGGAGCAGAGCGAGACGGAGGAGCAGAGCGAGACGGAGGAGCAGAGCGAGACGGAGGAGCAGAGCGAGACGGAGGAGCAGAGCGAGACGGAGGAGCAGAGCGAGACGGAGGAGCAGAGCGAGACGGAGGAGCAGAGCGAGACGGAGGAGCAGAGCGAGACGGAGGAGCAGAGCGAGACGGAGGAGCAGAGCGAGACGGAGGAGCAGAGCGAGACGGAGGAGCAGAGCGAGACGGAGGAGCAGAGCGAGACGGAGGAGCAGAGCGAGACGGAGGAGCAGAGCGAGACGGAGGAGCAGAGCGAGACGGAGGAGCAGAGCGAGACGGAGGAGCAGAGCGAGACGGAGGAGCAGAGCGAGACGGAGGAGCAGAGCGAGACGGAGGAGCAGAGCGAGACGGAGGAGCAGAGCGAGACGGAGGAGCAGAGCGAGACGGAGAAGGCUGCACCAGGACAUUAG